CAUGUCUGUGUAGAACUACAUCAUUUCCACCACAACAACAGGGGACAGGGACCAGGUGAAUGAGCAACAACAACUUUCAGAAGCGUUUGGAGACAUUUAAAAAAAAGACGCUCUUGGAGUUUCAGGAUGAACACGACCCUGAGGCACUGGAAGGAGGCGGCCACGCUCAUCUUAGCCGCAGGCCGCCGGCUCGCUCCGGCCGGUUUGACAUCCAGGACCCCGGAGGCUCCAGGCUCCCCGCUGGCCAGCAGCUGUGGACGGUCACACCUGCCGCACACGUCCGCCUUCGACUACGACGUGUUGCUGCUGAAACGAAGCAGUAAAAGCGGAUUCAUGCCCAACGCGUACGUGUUUCCCGGCGGCAAGGUGGACUCCUCGGACUUCUCCGGCGAAUGGCUCGACAUCUUCAAGUCCUUCGGGGACUCUCCCAGCUUCGGUCUGAGAAGCGUCACCCAACCGGCGGAGAGCAGACCCCCGAUGUUCGCCACGGACCGACUGAGCCUGGGCUCUCCUGUCCCGGGAGAGGUGGCCUUCAGGAUCUGCGCCCUGAGGGAGACGUUCGAGGAGUGCGGGGUGCUGCUGGCUGUGUCCAAACAGGACGAGAAAGGCGUAUUACUAAAAGGCACAGAGGCCACGAGGGCAACAAGUGAAGUGCACGGGUUGUGCAGCAGCAGCAGCGAACUGAGCAGGUGGAGGACUCUGGUGAUGCAGAACUCCUCCAACUUCCUCAGGAUGUGCAGGGAGCUGCAGCUGCUGCCCAACAUCUGGGCUCUGCACGAAUGGAGCAACUGGCUGACUCCUGUGGCCGGAUACAGCGCCGCGAGGUUUGACACCGCUUUCUUCAUCUGCUGCCUGCACGAGACCCCACAGACCCUGCAGGACGAGAGGGAGAUCGUGCGCUGCCAGUGGUCCACGCCAUCAGAAGUCCUGCAGAGCUACCAGGCACAGGAGGUUUGGAUCCCCCCUCCACAGUUCUACGAGCUGAGCCGCAUGUGUCGCUUCCCCUCGCUGAAUGACCUCCACAACUUUUCCAGCCAACGUGCCACUAAGGGCUGCGAGCAUUGGCUGCCCGUAGUUGUCCAAGAAGAUGAACACCACAUAUCAGUGCUUCCAGGUGACAAACUUUACCCAUUGGACACUUCAGGAACGACUCAGGUGGAAACAAGCACAGACCCUCAGCUGGAGGAACCUCAGGACAAUACUGCACUGCACCGUAUGGUGAUAUUGAAUCCAUAUUCUACAACUGUACAGAUCACCAUCAAACCCAAGUACAACCACCUGCUGCCAGUCAUCAAGCCAACCUCGGCUCAUGAUGCUCAAAGUCAGCUUUGACUUGUGCUGACGCCCGUCUGUGCACAGUAUAAUGACAAGAAACUUUAAUGAAACAAAACAGGUUUAAUAUUUUUAUUGUUACGCUUUUUCAUUUACACUGUCAACCUCAAGUGUUCCUAAUUGUUGCAUUAGAUUGUAAUGUGUUUCUUUUAAUCUGGUUCUGUUGGUUUUUCCAUCUCAUUGAUAAACGAAGAACCCCCUGUAUGUC